UGUGACUGUGUGCUCACUGCAGUGGCAUUGGGUUAUUACUAGCGUGUCUCCACCUAGCUGCUGAACUGGUGAGUCACUCCACGUGACGUCGCCCGGGGAGGGGGGCAGCGUCUGUCUGCAGCCUGGAACACGUGUGACUUGGCUCUGCCCAGUGGGUGGACGCUCCUCCUGACAAAGCUGCUCUUGUAGCACAAUGCGAGCAGCUGUUGUGCAGAGCCCCGUGCUGUGCCAGGAGCAAGCAGCCACACCGUGCCCAGGGAGAGAGUGGCACUUCACAAAGCCCUCCUAGUACAGGAUCAGCCCCAGCACUGAGCUGACUGUAGACCACCGGAUUUCUCCAGAUAGCUCCCAGAUGAUCCGCUGCUGAGGCCCGCACCAUGGACACAGCUCUCCCCACGUCCCCCGACUCUGGCGGAGGAGGCGGUAGCACCCCCGAGGCUUCCUCGCUGCCUUUCUUCGACUCGUCUCAUGCCCUGCACCUGCUUCGGGGCAUCAGCGAGCUGCGGGCCGAGCAGAAGUUCUUCGACAUGACGGUGAGUGCCGGCGGCCAAGACUUCCCGUGUCACCGCACCGUGCUGGCCGCCGCCAGCACCUACUUCCGCGCCAUGUUCGCGGGCCGCCUGCGGGAGAGCCAGGCCGAGCGGGUGGAGCUGCAGCAGGUCACUGGCCCCAUCUUGGCCCUGCUGCUGGACUUCUGCUACACGGGUCGGGUGACCGUCACCCAGGAGAACGUGGAGCUGCUACUGCAGGCCGCUGACCUCUUCCAGUUCCCCUCAGUGAAGGAAGCCUGCUGCGCCUACCUGGAGCGCCAGCUGGAUGUCAGCAACUGCCUGGAGAUCCAGGACUUCGCAGAGGCCUACGCCUGCCGGGGCCUGGCCGAGAGCACCAAGCGCUUCAUCCUGGCCCACAUGCCCCAGCUGGCCCAGGCCCGAGAGGUUGAGCGGCUGCCCUGGAAGCGCAUGCUGGAGUACAUCAUGGAUGACCGGCUGUGCGUGGACAAGGAGGAGACUGCCUACCAGAUCGUCCUGUGCUGGGUCCGGGCCGACCUGCCCCACCGCCAGCACCGCUGGCCCGAGCUCUUCCAGCACGUCCGCCUGCCCUUCAUCCGCCGCUUCUACUUGCUGGCACAUGUGGAGAGCGACCCACUGGUUUACUACAGCCCCUCAUGCCUGAGGCUCAUCAGCGAGGCCCGCUCCUUCCAAUCCUGUGAAUAUGACCGCCACGACCAGCCCUGCGAGCGAAUGAGGCCCCGGCCCUCUACUGGCUUGGCUGAGAUAUUGGUGGUCAUCGGUGGCUGUGACCAGGACUGCGAUGAACUGGUCACUGUGGACUGCUACAACCCCCACACCGGACAGUGGAGGUACCUGGCGGAGUUCCCCGAACACUUGGGAGGUGGCUACAGCAUCACAGCACUGGGCAACGAUGUCUACGUGACAGGAGGGUCUGAUGGAUCCCGGCUUUAUGACUGUGUCUGGAGAUACAAUUCCAGCGUGAAUGAAUGGACUGAGGUGUCACCAAUGCUAAAGCCCCGGGAAUACCACAGCUCCACGGUGCUGAAAGGCCUCCUCUACGUUAUUGCCUCCGACAGCACAGAACGUUACAACAACAGCAUAGACUCCUGGGAGUCUUUGCGGCCUAUGCUGUACCCAAUGGAUAACUGUUCUACCACCUCCUGCCGGGGCAAGCUCUAUGCCAUCGGCUCUCUAGAGGGCAAGGAGACCAUGGUCAUGCAGUGCUAUGAUCCAGAGAGUGACUUGUGGUCCUUGGUCAACUGUGGCCGGCUGCCACCUUGGUCCUUUGCACCAAAGACUGUGACACUUAAUGGAUUAAUUUAUUUUGUCAGAGAUGACUCUGCUGAAGUGGAUGUGUACAGGCCUUUGGAGAAUGAGUGGAACAAAAUACCUGCCAUGAAACAGGUACACGUUGGAGGGAGUCUGGCCGCUCUAGGCGGGAGACUAUAUGUGUCUGGUGGUUACGACAAUACGUUUGAACUAUCUGAUGUGGUGGAGGCGUUCGACCCGGAGACAAAGGAAUGGAGCAUUGUGGGACAUCUCCCUCAGCCGACCUUCUGGCAUGGCAGCGUGAGCAUAUUUAGACAGUUUAUGCCUCAUACUCAGUACAGCUUUGAUGGCGUCCCGCUAGACAACGCCAACUAUGAGAGGAACACGAUCAACCUGAACAGGCGGCGGCAGAACUUGCACAACCACAAUCUGAAUGAAUUGCACCGGCGAUAGCUCACUUUCUUUGAACUCAACCUAAUUUAACCAAACGACCAGAUCGAUAGAGGGCCAAUGCCGCAUUAGAAGACACUACGGUUUCUAUUUUAAUAAUAUUAUAUAUUUAUAUACUUGUUUUUCCACAUGAACACGUGAUGCACUCUGCAAAAUAUAUCCAUGCCAAUGUGCAUGUCUGUAUGCUGAAAGCUGUUUCUGGAAUUUUUCAAAAGGAGGAGAAUUAGAUAUUACUAUAAAAUAUUUUUUUUUUCUAUCAAACAUAAACACAAAAAUAUGUAAAAUACACAGCCGCCCUGCUAAAUGACCUCAUCAGUCAUGUAAGUGUUGAAUGUCAUUGUAGUAGCCAUCUUGUCUAAACUAUCUCCCAGAGCUGACCACCAUUUUGUGGAGUGAAUUGGCAAAUUUCUUCAUGUUAAAAAUACCGGUUUGCCAAGUCCGUUGGGGUAUCGGGAAAUUUGCGUCAAUUUGUCGCAGAUGUAUGGGUGCCAUAAAUGUCAACAGCCAAUCCAUACACUAUAUUACUGUAACUUCACAGAGAGCAUGUUGCCACUGGAUCCUAGAGAACCAAUAGGCAGCAUGCUGGAGAUGAGGCGAGCUCACAAAAUGUCCGCCACAACUGUAGGCACUGGCCAGAUAAAAUACAGUAUUUAAAAAUAUUCUGUACAAUAAAUGGGAUUAUUUUAGGGUCUCUUCAGUAUGCUGUGGGAUCAGAUUGGCUUAGAAACUAGGAAAAACGUUAUCACAAAACACUAGGGACAAGAUUUACUAAAGGGGGGGGGGGAGGGGAGUGGUCUUUAUAUUAUAUUUUAUAUUGCAACAAAUUUUAAAUUUCCUGAUUUACUAAAGGCUAAACUGCUGAAAUAUUGAAAGCUUAAAAGUAUUAGAAAUUGCCAUCUUGAAUUACAUAGAGUAAAACACAGACUGUGAAAACUAUCACGUUGCUGUCUGAAAAAACGCUGGAAAAUGAGCUGGUUGUGGGAGGUGUCUGCACUGUUCAACCAAUCAGCACACUUCUUAUAAGGGCAGGUCAUUAUUUGUUGGUUGAGGGGGAAACACGAUAAUUAUCUUAUGGGGCAAAAAGAUUUUAUGGAUAUAGAUUAUGGGGGCCAAAAUAAUUUAUAAGUUAAAAAAACGUAUAAUUUAUUAAUGUUCUAUUAGGGAAAUAAAUAUGUAUUUAUGACCCGUAUUGUUGGGGCACCAUUUAUAGUGCUGAAAAAUAAGUUUGCCGUCACAAGAUAAUUAAUAUGGCUCUCAGUAGAAGUAUACCUUAAUUUGGGCCCUAUGAUAUAUUCAUAUUAUAAUAUUGCCAUCAUAAGAUACUGUUUUUGCCCUGUUUAAUCAGUAAGGAUUGCCAUCAUAAUAAGCAUAUUGUGUAUUCUCCUGUGCUGGAUAGUCAGAUGGCUCUGGUGUUUUGCCUAAACUGCCGUCAGCUUCGGCGUUUUGAGUAUUACUGUAAAGGGGGGUACACACGGAGGGGUGUACUAGGGUAUGCCGGCGACCAGCAUACCGUCGCCGGCAUACCGACAGCUGGGCGAGCGCAAAUGAGCCUCUUGCGGGCUCGCUGCACUCGCCACGCUGCGGGCACGGUGGCACGCGUCUCCCUCCAGGGGGGGGGGCGUGGACCCCCAAGAGGGAGUAAAAGUGUCGGGAUUCCGGCAUCGGUAUACUGUGCGCCGGGAUACCGACAGUCGGCAAACUGAAGACCACCCCACAUGGAGAGAUCCGUGUUUAAAAUCUAAGCAAUCUGACUAGAUUGCUUAGAUUUUAAGCAUGGAUCUGUCGUGUGUAUGCCCCCCAGCGACAGCGAUGCGCGGCCCCGCACAUCGCUAUCGCCGGUGCUAGAUUGGUGCUAGAAUAUAGCGGGUCACUCACUUCAGCGCUGUGUGAAGUGAGCGGCCCCCCUCGCUCAGCACACAUUGCGCUGUGCUGAGCGGGGGGAGAGAUGUGUGCUGAGCAGUCUGUGUUAAGAUCGCUCAGCACACAUCUCUCCCA